ACCUGCAAACAGGGAGCACAGAACCCAGACAGGUGUACGUAGGAGCAGCUGUUUGCAGGAACAUGUCUGAAGACGUCUGAGUGGAAGAGGCAGAAAAGGAUGGAGCGACCUGAACGUCUGCCAAAGAACUAGGGGAAGUCAAGCUUCAGUCCAAUUGAGCAGCGUCAGCGACAUGAGCUUCUCCUUGUACCCUCCCCUUGUGCCUGAUAGAGACAGUCUCCCCUUGAAGAAGAGGGACCAGAGACCAGACGACUCUCCUCCCCACAGUGCACAGUGUGACAGCGCCAUGUUUAAAGCCCCCUAUCCUUAUAAAAGACAUAACAGCCCCUUCCAGCCUGUCCCAAGGCGUGUGCGGCCACUGCGCCAUUCAUGGACGCACCACUCGAGCAGGAUCAAACCACAUGCCCUGUCAGCGUUUACAGACUACCAGCACUGGACACAGAUGAACAGUGUGCAUUCUCCGCAGUCAUGGAGUCCAUUUCACUUUGAUCAGCUGCACCCUCACCUGUCCGGACCCUCCAAGUAUGUACAGCCCACACCUGUGUCUCUGCACAGUGCUCCUCACUGGGACAGGAAACUACAAGAUGCAGACAAGGAGGUGAACGGACGGAAUAAAGGCCUGAACAUGUGCAGAAAAGACGUCAUAUCUAAUGGAUCUACACUGGAAAACAUAAAGCAAACAUCACUGAGGUCGAGUGCAGCUAAAUAUUUUCACAAGCCAUCUAAGCCCCCUCCAUGCCCCAUUCUCAAAGUUCCCUUCAGUGAAACCCUCACAGUGAGAAGUGUCCCUCCACAGACCUCCAGUCAGUCCCGGUCCUGUCUCAGCCCUCUGCCCUGGCUGCUGCCUCAUUUUGAGGCAGGCUCUUUAGUCGAGCUGCAGGACGGCCGUCUGCAGCGAGUGGAGAGUCUGCAGACAGAGGACUUCCUGUUGGGGGCGCUGGCCUGUCCCGACCUGCGCCUCAGCUGCUGCACCGUGCAGAGAAUCUGUCCCUCAGAGCAGACCCCGUCUGUGUGUCGCCUGCUGCUCCUCCUGCACCAGCCGCUCUCUCAGGAGCUGGUGGAUGUGCACCUGGAGUACCCCUUCUUUGUGCGGGGCCAAGGCUGGUCGUCCUGUUGCCCCCAGAGGACGGCCCGUCUCUGUGGCCUACAGUGUCGGCAGCUCUGCGUCGGGGAUGUGUGCCUGGCCCUCACCCCCCUCUCUGCUCCAUGCCCCCCAGACUCAGCCUCCCAGGAGCCAGAGACCCCACCCGGCUGGACACAAAGGUGUGAAAAACCAUUGCUCCCCCCAGGCCUCCAGGCACCACCCGCUGGGGACAGUGGAAGACCUGAUGAGGGGCGCAAGAGGCACUGUUCAGCCCCCAACUGAUCACCAGACUCCACAGACGUGUUUGUCAAAUGUAAAAUUGACCAUACAGUGUUUCCAAAUGUCAGCAGUGUGUGCGACGUGUGUGAUGUGUGCGACGUGUGUGACGUGUGUAAUCUAGCACUUUAUGUCCAGUCAACUGAAAAGUUAGACACAAAAAAUUCAAGAAAGGUUGUGUCCCUGUCCCUGCUGGCACAAUGACACUUACAAAUUCAACUUCUGCACCAAAAAUAUACUGAAAUAUACUGGAAUUUAGUUUAUAAGCAAAUUCUUACUGAUAAUAUCCUUUUUUGCUAAGCUUGGUUUGUUGAAAAAAUCUACCUCUUCUUUUUUUACCUCAAAGUGGGUGUAAAAACAAGAGCAAAUGCGUCGGGAGGUGAACAUUAUCCCGAACAUUGGAGUUAGACGUUUGACUUUGAAGCUGACGUCUGCACUGAGAGAUGCCAGAGUGAAUGGUCUUGUGAACGUUUCUGGAUUCAGAGCUUUACUUUGUAUAAAUUUAUGCUUUUGCCUGAACCUCUUGUCCUGAGCGUCGCAGAUUUACAGAUAAUAAAACAAUCCCCUCAGGUUUC